CGCGAUGCAUUGUGGUUCAGCACGAAAUUUGAAAAGAAAAUGGCAGCUCUCGACGACGGAAUACCUUCAAGUCCACUUGGAGGAUUUCAGCGAGAUGUUCCUUUGAGGCAGUCGAAUUUAUACACAGGACCAUUUAGAGCUACCCAGAUAUGGAAUGAGGUUAUAGGUCAUCUGAAAGACAAUGUUGAGUUGAAAAAGCGCCGCUACAAGUUGAAAAAUUAUGAAGGUUGCUUCACUGGCACAGAUGCUGUGGAUGUUGUGUUACACUAUCUGCUGAAAGAUCAGGACACUUUCAGCAAUUUGUCAAGAGAAAAGGCUGUCAAGCUUUGCCAAAGUCUGAUGGACAAAAAAGUGUUCCAACCUGUUGGAAGUAAAAACCAGAACCAUCGUCAUCAGUUUGAGGAUAGCAACGGGAAAAUCUAUCACUUUGUGGGUGAACAUAGCAACAAGGAAAAUAUUGCCCCCACACACAGUGACUCUGAGGACGAUCUUGAUGGCCGUGAUGACUUGUGUGAAAAUAUGGAGGAAGGAGACGAUUCCUUUGUCCAAUCUCUUCCUGAACAUUCUAGAAUAAGUGGUGACAGUGACAGUCUUGACAGCCGUUUGAAUUUGUGCUGCAAUACAGAAGAUGGUGAUUCUCGAAAAAGGAAAAAUCUCGACUCAUCACAGAGGGGAUCCAAACGUCAAAAGCUUUUUGCUGGCUCUUCAACGGAGUCGCUUAAUGAUGAUUUGUUAACUAAUGACCAGAUACAGGAUAUCUGGAAGGAGGUAGCUCUCUGUCAACUGCUCACAAUUGUUGAUCUCUCAUUCUUGGACGGAGUGUUAACAGAGGAAAAGGAGAAGGACAAAAGUGGUAAAAAAGCCUUCAAACCAUACGGCACCCCUGUCUCAAACAUUGUUGCUAAGCAUUGGAGUCUGCGAUGCUCCGCUAAAAGUGCAACUCACACCGACCCAUACAUGAAAGCCGCCUUGGAGGUAAUUGCCCACUUACCGAGAGGCAUCUCCAAGUUUGACACGGACUUCACACAGUCGUCAGAUCCAGUGACGAAACUUCAGGCCUACAACAUGAUCUGCGAGCACUACAACGGGAAAUUGGACUCUUUGUUUCCCGAGAGAUUUGCCGAUCUGAACAUCUCGAUAAUGCAGCUGGUAAUGUUGGGGAAGGAGGAGGCUGCUGUGCAAGCCAUGCAGCUCAACAUGGUCUUGUUGCCGUCACGACAGAAAGCAGAGCUGCAGAGACUGCUCAAUUUUAUGGCUGCUGCUGUGCAAGAUCCUGAGCUCAAGCUUGAUUUAGAGAAUGAAAAUGAAAGUGUUGUAUUGACCCACCUGUCAGAUAGCGUGUUGAAGCACAAAGGCUUGGCGUGGGAUCUGAGCUCCGUACUCGUGCAGUUCCUUGUGAAGAAUGCUGGUAGCGUGUUCACCAUCCCAGCCGGUUUCCGUGAAAAAGUGGACAGUCGAACACGAGAGAUGCAAGUUGGGAUUGUGCCCGUCGUUGAAGAAACAGUAUUCUGCAACCAAGUACCCAUCUCUGAGUAUCAACGCCAGAAGGACGAGUGCACCAACGCCAGCCUCGUGCAGAUGAUGAAUCUGAUCAUAGAUAACCCGAAAAUGGCGCUGAAAGAGAAGAAAAACAGACUGCGUCAAUUCAGGAAAUAUCACCCACAUAUCUACUCCAAACACUUCACGGGAAUGAUGUAGUUAUUUAUGGAUAUAUGGCAUGUAAUCAUAUUGAAGACUGUUGUAUAUUUUGUUGCUACUGUUUCGGAAUCAUUGUUAUAAUGAUGCCGUUAACUUCUGUACAUAGAACAUGAGCUGUGAUAUUUGUAUAGAGGCAGUUUUAUUUAUUUUAAUAUAAUUGUUAAAGUGAAUGCAUAGGAUUAUGUGAUUAGAUGUGUUGCGAUGUUGAUCUAGUCAUUUUAGAAUUUCUCCCUAAUAUCAUGAGUAGCAUUUUGAGAUUAUCUCUUGUAAUAAUUGUUGCUUGUAAAAUGUUUAUUUCUUCAAGAAAGGAAACAUUUAUUCUAAGUGUAUUAUUACAGUUUAGUGCAUCAGACAAUGUUAGUGCUUGCGUAUCAUAGUAUGCCACCUUUAUCAUUUAACUGACUAGUGCUGUUUAAGUGCCAAUUAAAAGGAAACUUGAA